AUGAAUGCACCCAAAGCCAUUCCUUUCAUAAAAUACAUCAACAAUCAAUUUCAGGUGGAUCCUCAAGCUGAAUAGUUUCUGGCUUCCCUGGGUUCUGAAAAAUUGGGAGUUGUCUCCAUUGUAGGAAAAUAUAGAACCGGCAAAAGUUUCUUUGUCAAUCGAGUUCUCCUGAAUCAACAAGCAGGAGGUUUUUCAGUAGGUCCCACGAUAAAUCCUUGCACAAAGGGAUUGUGGAUCUGGAGUCAAACAAUCACAGCUUAAAAUGCUGAAUUCCCUGAUAUGAAGGCCAUUAUCAUUGACACCGAAGGUUUCGGAGGUAUGGACGAGAAUGUUAAUCAUGAUACAAGAAUCUUUCUGUUCAGUCUUCUACUAAGUAGUUACUUUAUUUACAAUUCUGUUGGCAACAUCGAUGAGAAUGCCUUAAACACUUUGAAUUUGAUUGUCAAUCUUGCUAAGGACAUUUAAUAAAAUACCGAGAAUACGUUUCCACAAUUCUUAUGGAUUGUUAGGGAUUUUUCACUUCAAAUGGUGGAUCCACAGGGAAACUCCAUCAAUCCAAAGCAAUAUCUCGAAAACGCCUUAGAAUUGCAGAAGGGAUUGUCUGAUUCUGUGGAAUAGAAGAACCGUAUCAGAAGAAUGAUCAAACACUUCUUUCGAGAGCGGGAUUGCAUGACAAUGGUUAGGCCAGUCGAGAAAGAGUUAGAUCUCUAAAAUUUGGAUUCGCUACAUGAUAGUGAUUUCAGAGGGGAAUUCGUUUAGCAAUUGAAAGAGGCGAGAUCUAAGAUUUUCAAACGAGUUAGACCUAAGUCUGUUUAAGGAAGCAUGGUGAAUGGAAUGUAAUUACUGUAAUUGGCAAAGGCUUAUGUCGAUUUGAUAAAUGGAGGUAAGGUACCAAAUGUUGAAUCUGCAUGGGGUUAUGUGUGCAAGGCAGAAGGAGAGAGGGCACUCAGAGAAUGCAUUAACAUGGCUGAACAACAAAUUGAAAAGCUAAAGACUUAGGUGAUUUAGGAUUUACCUGCUGUGAAAUAGCAAUUGAUCGAUUAGGUUAGGAAAUAGUUCAAAUUGAAAGCCAUAGGAUCUGAGGAUGAUCUGAAAUAAUUCACAGAGAAGUUAUCAGAGCAAUUUGAAGAGAAAUUCAAAGAACUCAAAUAAAGCAAUAAAAGAAAUCUCAAGAAUCAUCAAUCAAAAGUGUUAUAACCUCAUAUUGAAAACAUUCUUGAUAAAUUAAAAAAUGACGAAUUUUCUAACUAUUAUGAAUUAUAAUCUGAAAUGUUUAAGAUUAGAGAUCAGUUUCAAAAGGAAGUUGGUAGAAAUCAAUAGGUUUCUUAGUUGUUUGAUGAAAUGAGCUUACAAAUUUAUUAAUAGGCAGCAGAAAAACUGACCAGAAAGGCUUCUCAAUAAACUAAUUAGGAGAAUAAGUAGUUGCAAUACAAAGUUUAGAAUUUGGAAAAGGAGUUGAAGGCCUUGUAAGAUGAAAAGCAUUAGUUAGAACUAUAAUCUAAUAGCAAAUUAGAGCAAUUAUUUAAAGAGAAUGAAUUAUUAUCGAAAAGUGAAUUACAUCUCAAAACAUAGUUUCAAUAAAUCUAAUAACAAACAUAAUAAGUUUAAUAAUAGAGUCAGCAUCAAAUACAAUAGCAUGAUAAAUAAUUGGCAUUGAUUAGUUAAGAAAAUGUGUAUCUUUAAAAGGAAAUAUAAGCAUUGAGUGAUAAAUCAUCUCAGUUAGAAAAUGAAAACAAGAAACUCAGAUAAGAAUUGAUCACAUCAAAAGCAGGCAAUGAAUAGUUAUAAUAAAAGUGUCACUCUUUAGAUUACGGGAGAGCUCAGGAGAUUCAAAAGUUGCAAUUGGAAUUCGAAAAGAAAAUUCAAGAGUUAAAUAAUGAUAUUGAUUCUAAGAAAUAAACAGCUAGGCAAUAGAGUGAAUGGAUGGUAGAAAAGUCUUAUUUAGAAAACCAAGUAACAUUCUUGAAGAGUUAGUUAGAUGAAAACAAAAGAUUGCAUGAUGCUCUUUUAAUUGCUUUAUAAUCUUAAAACAAUCCUAGUAACGAUUAUUAAGAGUCCACUCUUGAACUUUUAGAGACAAACAGAAAUCUAUCAGCUGCAAUGGAUAAAAUGGAAAUGAGAUGCAAGUAAUUAGAAGAAAAAGUCACCAAACUUAAGAAAUUCAAAAGGAUCUUCAAAAAUAGUUCCAGUAUUGUUUGUAUACAUUGUAAUAGACAAUAUUAAAGUAAUGGAUUUAGUUAACAUUUAUCAACUUGUAUUGAUAAUACUCCAUGUAAUCCUAUUGUUCCAACUUAAUAAUAAUAAUCAUAGUAAUAGUUAUAAUAGUAAUCAUAAUAAUAAGCUUAAACUCAUUAAUAAACACAUAAUCAAUCUCAAACUCAUCCUCUACCACCUCCAAUUGAUUUAAGUUAAUUAUAAAUUUCAAUCAAUCAAACUAUGGUUAGAGAAACUCCUGAUAAUAAACCAUAUACUGAGUAUAUGAUAAGAGUUCAAUAUAACUUAAAGAAAUGGACUAUUUCCAGGAGAUAUAAAAACUUCUGUGAAUUACAUUAAGCAAUCAUUCAACAAUAUCCCAAUUUGAAAAUGCCAGAAUCUAGUUGUGCCAUCAUCAAUACAGCUGAUAUUGGCAGUGUCUUUAAUGCUAAACGACCCACAGUCAUAGAAGAUAGAAGAAGAGCUUUGCAAUCAUAUAUAAGAGAUUUGGCUAAACUAGAUCCUGUUAGAAAUUGCACAGCUUAUCGCAAAUUCUUAGAAUUGGACACAAUCGAUCAAGUUGAAUAACCUAGCAGAAGCAUGUCAUAAAUGGGAUCACCUAAAAAUGAAGGACUUUAGUCGUCUAGAGAUUAUGGAAGAGAUUCUCUGUCAGUUAUGCCUAAGCCUUUCUGGAAGUAAUCCACUCAAUAAAUCGCCAUUGGAGCCUCUACUUCAAGGGAUUAGAAAUAUGAAGAAGUUCCCAUAUAAAAUAAUUAUGUCAGAUAAAAGGAAAAUUAACCUACAUCUUCAGCAUAAAAUUUGAACACAAAAAUAGAUAGAAAAUUAUUGCCUCAAUCACCUUAGUCAUUCCUAAAGGCCUUUUAGAAAUAAUAAGAAACCUCCAAAGUGUAUAGAAUGCAUCAUUAACAUUCCUUAUUAGAAAUAUCUGGAGAUAUAUAAUGA